AUGUCGUCUACCUAUCAGGACUUUGGAGUAUCUGAAACCGUAGUCAAAACAGCGCAGGGCAUUCUUAUCAUUGUAAACAUCAUGGGAAACUUUCUGGUGUGUGUCAUUAUAGUAAAGGAAAAGGAUAUGAGGUAAGGCGGCAAACACAUUGUAUGCAACUAAACAGUAACAAUUCGUUCCGAAGUACAAAAUAUACCCUCCAGUUUAUCAUGAUACUGCGCUUUCAACAAAUUUAAAAGAAGGACUGGAGAGGGAAAGAAAUGCCAAACUUGGUUUAGGGGGAAGAUAUUACCUAUAACGCAAAAAAGCUGAAUAAAAUCAGCCGUCUUUGAUUUACAAAGCUCCUGCGAAAAACUCAGGCGUGCACGCCAUAUAUAAAAUUUGUUAUGACUCUACCUCUUUAUCUACACCAUGAAUGAUUUUGCAGUAGGGUAUAAAAGAUAUAAUGCCUCACCCUUCCAGGAUACGUUUAUUGAGGGUAUCUCUUUGGCGAAAAAGAAAAAAAGAAAUCUAUAAUUUAUUUCUAUCUCAGCAUGCUACGCUUUUAAAAUCGUAUGGGAAUUAAAUUUAAAUUAGGGCACUCUUAACAUUAACGAGAUUUCGAUCUUAGAUUUCACGACUGAACUACAAUUAUCCUUAUAAUAAUGAUUAGAACGUUUCUGGGCUUAGAAAUCGAAACAAAUGAAAAAGUAAGUGCAAAAAAAGAUAUUCCCUUUUUUAUUUUAACAUGUUAAUGUAACUUAUCCCCAGCAAAAAUCACUCAAGGCUUAAAUGAAAUGUACCUGCAACAUAAAUAAUAAAAUGCCAACAGGUCCAACAGUAGCAAUUAUCUCUGAGAUUAUAAUUAUGUAACAGAAAUCAAACAGUCAGUUUCAUGUUCAUGCCCAGGGACUCCGGUACUCCAGUCCAUUGAAACGGUUUAGUUUUGCCACUAACUCGACUCUAGCGAAAAACUUGUAAAUGACAAACUCACCGUUUCCUGACCGUAACCAUCAAGAAUGUCUCCUAGUAUUAUAAGAUGUAAAGCUACAAACAACAAAGAUGAACCUUGGAAAACUGUUUGGUUUCUUCCGACUGCGAUCCUUUUCGACUAACUAAGUAAGAUAACGGGAAAUAAUCACAUGACCAUUUCCAGGUUCCAAAAAGCCUCACUUUCAAACCGACGAUAAGUGCAAAACAUUUCUUGCGAAAAUGGGUUUUAUUUGCAUGAGAAUAAGAAAAAAAUCAUUUUAUAUAAAUGGCUUCGUAAGUAGCCUCGCUUUGAAACAGAGGCAUGGGGCAACUCGGAAAUAGCAUCCCACGCAGAAGUUCUUUCCCGGGGCCUCUUCCCUUAAAAAUGAGAUAGGCGGGAUAUAACCCCAGAAACGAGAUUAUACCUCCUAUAGCCGCCUUUUUUAUAUAGUAUGUCUUCGAGCUUUUAUUAUUAUUAUGUCGCAGUAUGAAACUUUGGAAUGCUGUCUACAUUAUGAGUAGUAUAGGGCGCAUAGCGUAACCUACACCACUUGAGAGGCUAUACUUAGAAGUAAAAAAAGGUCGAUACGAAACCUAAUACAAUCCUAAAAUACAUAGUGAUAUGAAUCUCUCUACUUAAAAAGCCAAUUUAGAAUGUUAUUAAAUUCUGGUACUCUGUAAAACCUUCGCUAUCUCUACUAAAAGCUUAUACAUAGUGAUAUAAAUCUCUCUACUUAAAGAGCCAAUUUAGAAUAUUAUUAAAUUCUGAUACUCUGUAAAACCUUCGCUAUCUCUACUAAAAACAUAUUUAUAAUAAUAUCACACUCUAAUGUUCUAAAAAAUCUAAAUAAAAACGUCAGCAAGCUUGUGUUUCUAGAUUUCUAGAGAAAAAACAAAAAACCUAAAAACUGAAGUCCAUAGCGCCCUAACUAAGUAUUUAUCUUAAAUGUUCUGGCAAUGUUUAAAGUGUUUGAGAUGACCGACUUCUGCAUUCGCUGAAGUACGCUCCGUGCUCUCGCUCCAAGUAGCUUCCUCACCGACUUCUCUAGGUGUUUAGAGUAACCCCCCAGUACGUCAAUUAUUACGUUGUACUGUUCAACCCUGUAACCAUUGUAUCUCUGCUUCAGCUCCCACAUCAUGGGCCCAUACUUGAGUGUCUUUUCCUCAUCUUUCUUAGCUCUACUCUCAAUCCAUGGGCAGCUCAUUUCAAUUGUGCAGACUUCUUUCCUCUCGUGGUUGACAAGUCGCGCGUCGAUCCGAUUUGCUCUAACUUCGUUGUGCUCUGCAUAGAUGGGAAUAUCCCAAAACGCCUCACUCGUGGUGUUAUACCUCCUAUAGCCGCCUUUUUUAUAUAGUAUGUCUUCGAGCUUUUAUUAUUAUUAUUAUUAUUAUUAUUAUCAUUAUUAUUAUUAUUUUAACGAGGGCUCCACUGUAAUUGGUUAAGCUGUAGUGGUCUCCCUGCCUAAUAAUUUUUAUGUAUUAUGUAUAAAGAUUGUAUUCUUGUUAGGUGAAGCUAAAUAAAUAAAUAUAAUAAAUAAAAGUAACGCAAAUGUCUUGCUUAUCCAUCACUGUAAAGUUUGUAAAAGUGCUGCAUCUUAUCAGUUAGGCUACGUUAAAACGGGCAACAAAAAACCUGUAACUAGUUUUGCAAUACUGCUAAAAAACGAAUUGAAUAGUGAUGUUGCGCGUUUUACCAACCACCUUCGAACCUGCCUUGCAACAAAUCAGGCUGCAAGGAUUUUUUUUACCGUACGUGGGUGGUAAAACACGCAACAUCGCUAUUCAACUUGUUUUGAAGCUAAUUCGCAAAACAAGAUGUACGUUUUUUGUUACUUGUUUUACCGUACCUUAAGUCAAAAUAUACACUGUGCAUUUAUCCCAAAGGACGCCAGUCAACUUUCUUCUCAUGAAUCUUGCCAUUGCUGACAUGGCUGUAGCAACGUUCUUUGCACCAAGGUAUCUCUUCAUCCACUCUAUAACUCAUCCAGAUGGAGCAGCUGGAUUACUUUUAUGCAAACUAUUGACGAGCGGAAACCUCGCCUGGGUUGGAGCUUCCUCUUCGGUCGUCACCUUGGUUAGCACCGCUUUUGAGCGCUAUUAUGCAGUGCUACAUCCUCUUGGAACCAAGGGAAACCUUACCGAGAACAAAGUCAAGGUGAACUCUCAUCCUUGUUUUUCUAAGUUCAUUAUCAAAAUGAUGUCCUUUGAGGAGGAGUCGAUCAUUACUGUGAUGAAGAAUCGUGGGGGGGGGGGGGGGAAUCAACAAAGCUUUAUACGGGGAGGCACCGCCUGACGUCCAUCCCGUCCCUUACCUUUUUAUGUACCAUUUUGACAGACGGAAAAGGCACUCCUUUCGUGUACUUUCUAAUGACAAAUGGUACCCCUUCCACAUACCUGGUUUAGAACCUUUGCACCCCUAGCUUUUAAAUACUGCUAAAUGCACUGUCUCAAAAAGUUUUCACGACCUUCUCAAAGCCAUAUAAUUCAUCUCUUGGUCCUUUUGGGCCUUUUUUCAGACCAAAGUGACAGAAAUCUAUACUUUUGCUAGUGGGCUCCCUACCUUUUCAUAUGCCUGAAGCCUGAUUAACUGAGGUACCCCUUUCGGUCGGAACCUCCCCGUAUGAGUCAUUACUGGGAGGACCUUCCCCCGGGUGAGGAACACGUUUUUAUUUCCUUAAGAAUGUAUACCAGUGUCUGACCAAACCUUCAAGAAGAUGCCAUUCAUGGGUUUGCCUUACUAGUUUGUUUAUCAGUUCGGGCCUUGGACGAACGAUCAUCCAAGACAUACUAUUGCUGGGCCUUUCCUCCGAGCUUUGCGUCGUUCUGAGAGACACCGGUAUCUAUAAACUAUAUAUCUAUGAACAAAAUUCGUGUUUGGUUUUGCUGAACUUGUCAACCCUCAGGAGAAUGUAACUCAUAAUUUAUAAUUUAUAAUGAUCAGCUUAUCGCCCGCCUCAAAAUCUCAUCUGAGUAGAAAACAAAACCAAUCGUCUUCCUUAUAUUAUUUCAGGUGAUAAUCCCCUGUUCUUGGAUCUUUGGAGUGGUAAUCAAUAUCGUGGGGAUCCUGUGUGAUAACGUAAACGAAGAGAAAGCCUGUGCUCACAUAUGUCCCGAAGAAUGGAUGAACCGAUUGUAUAGUUCAACUUGGUUUCUGUUCAUAGCAUUUUUCCCAGUCUGUUUGAUGGCUACCCUUUACGCCCGAGUCGUGUACGCUUUAUGGUUUAAAAGCGAGAAUUCUACUGAAAACAGUGUCAGACAACAGGUUUGGAAACAUGAUCAUAUUGUCCUGUUUUCAUGAAUUUAGAGCUUAGAUUCUAAGACGAGGACAACCAUGAGUUCCGCCAGCUUUCCUCAGUAAGGUCUCGGUAAAGGAAAACGAGGUGCCCACAGAAAAAAAUUCUAGUCGCGCGAGUAUUUUCGCUACAAAGGCAAGUUAUAUAUCAAAUUAAAGCUAAAAGACUAAAUUACCUUAUAAAAGAUUUUAUUUUAUCGAAUUUCAAAAGGCGCUUAAGUUUUUUGCUCUCGAACUCAGAGGUAUCAAGUUUACUGCUGAAUCUCCAGCCCUUUCCCGUUGUUAGCUCCCAUCUACUAUAAAGAAAACGAGUACUGUAUAACGCUUACGUCUUACAAAUAACUCUUAAUAGACGAUGUCGAGGCAAUGACAAUUCUAACAAUUUGUCUCUCUUUUGCAGGGUGUCAUGAAGAUAAGAAAGCGGGUGACCUUAAUGGUGUUAAUUGUCAGUGUGGUGUUUGCUGUUUGCUGGCUUACAGACGCCUCUAACUUUAUUCUGUCCGAUUUUUCUGUCGUACGCACUUCCCUUCCAAUAGCGUUAACCAACACAUUGAUUCUGUUCAAUUCCGCUAUCAAUCCGAUUGUGUAUGCUUUGGUCAACCUGCGAUUCAGAAGGAAGUUCAAAAGUAUGAUCUGCUGUUUUAGUCGUCGAGCAAGAAAUAUAGUAAAUCCAACAUUUCCAUUAACCAAUCCCACUCAGACGGCACUCUCACGUGACUGA